UGCUUAUUGAUCCUGUACCUUUUGUGCUUAGUGAAAUUCACUUUUUCACGCUGCUACAAAUAUCUCAUUUGUUAUAAGAUUACACCAUUUAAAAGAGUUAUAUUGGGUCGAAAAAGCUUUAGGAACAGUUUGGGAUUCGAUAAGAGUUGCAGGAUAUUACACAAGAGUGUCAGAUUAUUGGAAAAGUGGUAGAACCUCAACCAGGACACAAAAGCUUAAUCUGCAUAUGUUAUGUCACUGGUUCUAGUGAAAUGAAAAGUGAUUUUCCCUCGAAACUCGUACUCACACUUAGUUUAAAGAAUGUACUAGUGAUGAGACCAAGGUUGUAAAAAAAUCUCCAAAAACUAACAACGGCUGUUGAGUACUCAGUGGUGAACAAGGUUCCUAUAAUCAUCUGUUAGUGAAACGAAGCUGCAAAUUAUUGAUUGCUCAGCCUAAAAAUGCAGCCAUUCUCGAAUAACGAUUACGGUGGGAAUGAAUAUAGCAAUUAUAAUCAACAACAACAACAAAACAUUCCAAUGCAACCUCAAGGGGUCGCCAGGCCAAUGGUGGACCCAGAAGCAAUGGGAGAGGUUGAUCCUAAUCUCUACCCACAAGCAAAGGAAGCGACGCACAAGAUUCGAGGAAAGUCCGAUAUUUUGGAGAUGCUGUGCGGAUCCGUGGACCAGGAGCUGCUUCCCGUGAAAACCUUUUACUUUUUCUUCUAUGCUGCGUUCGGGUCACUUUUUCCACUGAUGGGAGUUUACUUCAAGCAAAUGGGCAUGAAUCCUGGCCAGUGCGGGUUACUCAUCGGAACCAGACCGUUUGUGGAGUUUUUGUCCGCACCUUUCUGGGGUAGCUACGCCGAUCGCUGUAAAAAGGGAAAAAUGCUGCUUCUCGCUUCGUUGGCCGCUUGGAUUAUCUUUACGUUGCCUCUGGGAUUCAUCCAACCGCCGGCAACCAGCUGCAUCGAGCGAAAGAACGCAACAGACUUUGAGCUUCGUACGCCUCAAGUUCCACGAAUACUGAAGCGUUCGAUCGACGAACACAUGCUGGAGGAGGUUUCGUUUGGAAAGUAUACCGAGCCGGAGGACCAUUUUUCGAGGGUGGAAAGAGCGGCCCGACCAAUCGCUGCAGCCGGACAAUCCCCGUUGGGUGUGAGCUAUGCUAACAACUUUAAUGAGAAACUGCACAGUGACUGGGUGUCUCCACUGUUCUCGUCUAUUGUGUACAGAACUGCCGACAUUCAAAAAGCAUUUUUCUUACUCUUGUUGCUCGUUAUUAUCGGCGAAUUCUUCAGUGCUCCAGCAAUUACACUUGCUGAUUCGGCAGUAAUUACGAUUCUAGGAGAGGAUGCCGAUCGAUACGGGCAUCAAAGAAUGUUCGGUUCGUUGGGAUGGGGCUUGGCAAUGUUCUUCGUGGGUAUAGCCCUAGAUCAUUCAACGGCCUUCCCUGAUCACCCUUGCGGUCCGGAAAAACAAGAGAAAAAUUAUUCCAUUUGCUUUGCCACAUUUUCCGUUUUAAUGGGUGCCGCCCUAAUCUCUGCAACUCAAAUUAAUUUUAAAUAUGAUUUUUCGGAACCUCAAGAACCUCAGGCUGAAAAGGUUACCACAGAGCCAACUCAUGAAGAGCAAAUGCAAAAUCAGUUGGCCGAACAGCUGCAGCUUCCCGCAUUGGCUACUUCCAGUGGCAUGGCCAGCGCGGCUCCUCCACCACAAGCUCUGGGAGCACAAACUAAAAUGUUUGCUCAAACAACACGUGAAAUGCCCGAGUGGGUCACCGUCUUAAGGCAAUUCAAGGAUCUCAAAUGUGUCUCAUUUCUGUUUGUGGCCUGGUUUAUGGGCUUCGGUAUUGGACUCAUCUUUACGUUUUUGUUCUGGCACCUACAAGACUACGGUGGAUCCCCAACCCUGUUUGGCGUUGCUUCCGUCAUUAAUCACAUUUCGGAAAUUUUUGCGUAUUUCUUUAGCUUCCGUUUGAUCACCCAAAUUGGCCACGUGAAGGUUCUUUGCCUUGGCUUGGUUGGAAAUAUUUUGAGAUUUUUGUACAUCUCCUAUCUGAAAAAUCCAUGGUGGGUUCUUCCAUUUGAGUUUAUGCAAGGCAUUACUCACGCUGCAGUUUGGGCUGCCUGUUGCUCCUACAUUGCUCACAAUACGCCGCAACAUUUAAGAGCAUCGGCCCAAGGGGUACUCCAAGGACUGCAUCACGGACUCGGAAGAGGUUGUGGAGCUGUUAUUGGUGGGAUGUUUGUCAACUACUUCGGAACAACGGCCACCUUCCGCGGUUACGGUGUAAUUUGUAUUUUCGUACUUGCCGCAUUUGUGUUCAUCAACUUUUAUCGAAAAGAGCAAGGUUUCAUCUCGGAAAUACCAACUACUGAAGAUCCUCACCAGGUGGCUGAAGAAAUGGCACACUUGGCUCCUCACGGAGUUCCUAGCAAUCCAAUUCCACGAGCUUUGUCCAGUACGCGACUCAAUGAGAUUGGCAACCAGAAUGCUGACAAUGGAUACGGAACUUAUCAAACUACCGGAGGAGCACUAGAUGUUCCUGGCGGAGCUCCGCGCAAUCCUUUCGCUGCACCACAAAAUAACAGCUACGGAGGCAAUCAGUACUAAACACAAUGCUUUAGUAUUUCACGUUGUAGGCUAGGGUUAGAAAUAAUGGCUCAUAGUAUUCAUCGACCAUUUUCAUAAAAGAGCGUAACCGAAACUGUUUGCAGAUGUGCUCCCCUGUAUGGUAUCUGGAAUCAUUAUUGAUAACACUCAGUGUGUCUCAGGUGUUACUGUCAUUGGAAAAGUAAAUCUUAUGUUUUACCAACAUAAAAAUGAUGAUGCAUUUCAAUCAAAGCCAAAAUUUUGUAUAAUUGCAGUUUAGUUUCUAAAAAUUACCCUUAACAUGCAUAUUGUCAAGUUGAGUAUAUUUUCUAAACUUUCUGUAACAAGAGAGGAAAACAAAAUGCUGGAAUCGUAAAUUAUCACACCAAAAUGAACGGUAAAAAACUACAUCAAAAUCAUUCAGUUGUUAAGAGCGAGUCCACGAGCAAAGCAUACCCAUCUCGCAUCGACCUCACCAAUCUGCCUGAAAUUUUCAGGGGUUGUUUGUACAUAUAAAACUAGCAUCUGGCCAAAAUAUGAGCACUCUAGGUCAACGGGAAGUGGGGCAAAUCGGGACACAAAGUUUGAAGGUUCAAAAACGUCAAAAAUCUUAAAAAGGCUUUUCUUUAGGCAAAAUUCAAUUUAUUUUCAAAAUUCAAAAUGCAUCUGAAAGGGCUUAAAAAAUGCAACAAAAUGCAGGGUAGAGCAUCUCAAUUGGAUAAUUCUAAAGGGAGUUAUUGGCAUUUUAGUGAAAAAAUAGCAUAAUUUUCAAACUCAAAUAAAAAAGUGUUCCAUCCAGAUAUCAACUUGGUUCAACCUGCAGCUUGUAGAGGACAUCUGGGACUACCAUCUGAGACUGAGAACGCUUUGGGUAAGGCAGUUUAACAUAUUAAAUAGACACUUUUACUUUUAGUGAAUUUUUUGGUUGUAAAUAAUUGCUCGGGGGACCCCUUAGAUCCCAUUUUCUGGUGAUAAUUUUAUCAUAUUCGUGUUCCUGAGACAAUUUUACAAUAGAAACAUGCAUAAAAAUGUUUAUUUUGAUCCAUUUUAACCCUUUAAAAAAUAAAAGUUAAAAAAAUCUUCGAUUCACAUUUAUUGAAAAUCAAGCUCGUUUCCAAGGAUACUAGAUGACACCAGAAAAAAGCAGGUUCUUAAUUUUUUUAAACUUUUAUUUUUUAAAGGGUUAAAAUGGAUCAAAAUAAACAUUUUUAUGCAUGUUUCUAUUGUGAAAUUGUCUCAGGAACACGAAUAUGAUAAAAUUAUCACCAGAAAAUGGGAUCUAAGGGGUCCCCCGAGCAAUUAUUUACAACCAAAAAAUUCACUAAAAGUAAAAGUGUCUAUUUAAUAUGUUAAACUGCCUUACCCAAAGCGUUCUCAGUCUCAGAUGGUAGUCCCAGAUGUCCUCUACAAGCUGCAGGUUGAACCAAGUUGAUAUCUGGAUGGAACACUUUUUUAUUUGAGUUUGAAAAUUAUGCUAUUUUUUCACUAAAAUGCCAAUAACUCCCUUUAGAUUUAACCAAUUGAGAUGCUCUAUCCUGCAUUUUGUUGCAUUUUUUAAGCCCUUUCAGAUGCAUUUUGAAUUUUGAAAAUAAAUUGAAUUUUGCCUAAGUUAUAGCCUUUUUAAGAUUUUUGACGUUUUUGAACCUUCAAACUUUGUGUCCCGAUUUGCCCCACUUCCCGUUGACCUAGAGUGCUCAUAUUUUGGCCAGAUGCUAGUUUUAUAUGUACAAACAACCCCUGAAAAUUUCAGGCAGAUUGGUCAGGUCCAAACGACGUCCCAUACAAAGGGGUAUGCCCUGUUCGUGGACUCGCUCUUAAACACACCCACCUAAUCAUUCUAGGUCACUAAAAUUUAUCUUCUAAACUUUCCUUCAAUGAUGUGUUAUUCUUAUAGUAUAUAAAAAAAAUUAGCACGCAUAAUAACAAUCUAGCUUUUAAGGUAUACAAAUAAACUACUAAUAGUUCAAACAUUAAAACUACUCAGAACUAAGUCUAGUCUUACCUGUUAUUGAUCUAUAACUAAAUACUCUGUUUCUAAAUUGUGUUAACACAAGGACGGUAAUGUUUUGUUAAAGGACUUAACGAUUGGCACAAACAUUCACGUUAUAAGUUAGACUGUAUUAGAAAAAUGAUUGUUAUUGUUGUUUUACAAGUUAUUUAAAUGGCACCUCUACUAUAAGCUUCAGAAUGCAAUCAAAUAUGUAUCUGUUAAAAAUCAAAAAUAUUCAUCUAUCUAUAAUUUUCUACUUUAACCCAACUACUUCAGUGAAAUUUGCGUAUCGCCUUUUCAUGAUUUAGCUCAGAAAUCCCUCCCAAUUAACUUGCACAUACGCUUUCAACCACUUGCACAACGAAUUAAGUCGUCCAUCCUGAUUUAGGAAAGUUAUUAUUUUAACAAUGAAUAUUGAAACGCAUUACUAGGGUAUACAAAUUGCGUGGCAGCAAAAGCUUUAUUAAAACGAGUCGUAUAGCAUAUCAGUUUUCACUACAAAUUUUAAUAUAAUGUAGCAUCAGAGUAUUGGAGUAUUUAAUGAAACGAUAGAAAUUACUAUUUACCAUAUUUACAAAUAUGCAAACUGUUUUCUAACUAAAUUCAAUGAAAUCUGCCGAAAAUAUCCGAAAAUAACCCAGCUUCUACCAACAUUUGCACGAUUUUUAUCCUUCAAUGAAUGUUUUCAUAAAAUUCGUUUAUAAAAAAUAAAAUCCAGGAUGGAAACUUCGAACUAAAUGAUAACAAAUUGCAUGCAGUGUAUUGUCCUUAAUUGUAUAACUGACUGAACGAAAUCCGAUGCUUCGAGCAUCACCAUCAAUGAUAUGUAUUUACAGUUGAAUCAAGAAAUGGAAAAGUAUUGAUGUUAAACGAAAUCGUAAAAAAUGACAAGUAUUAAAAAAGCAUUAUAAAUAACCAUUACCAGGAAUGAAAUGAUGUACAGCACUGAAAUGAAUGUAACACUUAACAUAAUUCACAAUAUUAUAACAUACAAAUGAAAAGCACUUCUAAAUUGUAAUACAUCUAAAAGCGAAAUUCGUUAAAAGAAAUAAAUAAUACAAUGUAAGAA